AUGGGCUACCCAGGUCAAGGCCACGGCCACAGCCACCCCCGCCCCAACCGCCACGUCCACCACGACCAGCGCGCUCUCUCCAAUGGCAACGGGGGCACCUACCCCCGUCUAGCCCGCCUCUCAGACGGCUCCCUCCUCUCCUCCUUCACCCGCUUCCCUGGAGACGGCUCACGCGUACUCGUUGUCGCCCGCAGCACUGACGGCCACAACUUCGAGGACAUCGGUGAAGUCACCCGCGGUACGGGGGACACAGACAACCUCUUCCUCUUGGAGGUGGCCCCCUCUGUUGUGCUAGGGGCAUUCCGAAAUCACGACCACGACCCCUCCGGCCGUGUCACCCACUUCCGCAUCACCGUCUGCCGCUCCCAUGACGGCGGCCGCACCUGGCAGUUCGCCUCGCAGGCGGCCGAGAAGCCCGGUGCCGACGGGUUGGGUAUUUGGGAGCCGUUCAUGCGCAUGGGCAGCGGUGGCGAGGUGCAGCUCACCUACUCGCAGGAGUUUGCCCAGAACAACCAGUGCACGAUGCUGGUGACGUCGACCGACCAGGGCAGCACCUGGUCAGAACCCCGGUGCCUGCAUGGGAAGGAUGACAACCGACGUGACGGAAUGAACGGCAUCGCGCGGACCUUCGAUGCCGACCUCGGAAAGGAGGUCCUGGUCAUGGUGUUCGAGACGAACACCAAAGGCCCCAUGCAGAUUGAGGCCCUCAUCUCGGACAACGAUGGGGAUAGUUGGGGCCGUCGGCAUGUCGUGUAUUCGCCCCAUGACGGGCACAGGCAUAACGCCGGCGCGCCGCAGAUCGCCUCCUUUGCGGAUGGGUCGCUGGCGGUCGUGUUCAUGACCGACGAGGACCACGACAAGGUGGACUGGGUCAAGAAUGCGUCGAUCAAGGCGGUGUUUGCGCUGCCCCCGCGGGGAGGUGAGAUCCAUUGGGAUCAGACCUCGACAUCGAUCUGUGCUGAUUCGAGCCACUGGCCCGGUGUGUUCGCCCUGGAUGGACACACGCUUCUGGCGACGUAUGAGUGCAAGGGGCCCAAGGCGAGGGCUAUUUCGCUGCAGUGA